CCCACCGUUUGUGUUCCGGAGUCCCACGGUGCAUGUGGCCAAUGCGUCAAAGCAAAGGCCAGGAGCCAGGUGUCCCCUGGCCCUCAAGAGCUACAAAGUCUGGUUCCCUACUAGACUAGAGUGUCUCUGGUUCUUGUCUGAAAAGGUUAAGACACCCUAUUGCUGCUGUGGACUCUGUAUAAUCUGUAGCUCCUCGGGGCCUGGAGUGAUGAACGCUGGACAGGAAGUAACCCCUUCACUGCAUGUGCUUGUAGAUAGCGGGGUCAUGUCAGACCACGCUGAUGAAGACGGAUUGAUAUGCACCGGGACCCUGAAGCAAAACUUUUAAUACAAACACGUGUGCAUGCUGUAGAACACUGCACACGCAUGUGUCGACAUGGCAUGCCUGAAUACAGUAUGUACAUGAACACUGCUGCAUGUGUGUAUGACACAUACGUGAGCUGGACUUAGAGAGGGAGUAGCAGCAUGUUGGGGCCUUGCAUGAUUUCUGGCAUUAUAGAUGUAUGUUCAUCUCUGUGUGAGAGUGCCCAUAAAACAGUGUCUGUAUGUAUGUUUAUAUGCAUACUUUAGUGUGCGUGCUGCAGUCUCAUCUGUCGGAUUAUCAGGUUAUGGAUUAGCGGCAGGUGAAGUUGCAGAGCAGUCACAGAGGGGAUUAUCGUGCUCGUUCACUUGGCUCGUAUAAGAGGCUUUCUUGCCGUACCUUCUACUCUUGUUACGGUGGAAAAUGGACCCACUGGGGAUGCUUUGGGGCUAGGUCCACCGGGACCUGCCAAAUAGGGCCCGCGGGUCGCCUAGGAGACCAGGACAGCCAUGGGACGUACGGUUCGCCACGGCAGACGGCACUCUGUUGGUAAUGCUUUUCUCACCACAUAGCAGGGUUGUGGGCUGGACAAGAAAUCAUGUGGGGGAAGAUAUUUAAUCUUUGCAAAUUGAAUUGAUGUUAUUGGAAUAAGUGAGGCGGUUAUGGAUCAGUGUUUAGCUCAAGAACACGUUGACGGGGCAUAUGGCUGUUGGAGGAUUAAAAGCUGAGACCAGAACCCACCGGCUAAGGGUCUGAUGAUGUGUUAGCCUCUGGGGGCAACGGCCGUUAUUUCUGGGGUUGUCGUGUAGGCAGCGCACAACGGAUAACCGGACCAAGAGGUCACCGUUUACAGCAAUUCUAGACCCGAGGAUGACGUUCAAAGGAGUUGGAAGAGGACGUAUACGACUGGAUUGUUACCAUUUGACACUCGGUAAAUGGUUCAAAAUCAUGGUCAGACGGUAGCUGAUGGGUUCUGAGAUUGCAUUUUGGCCUCUAUGAAUUCUGCCAAUGCGUUCCACCUCUUCUUUUGCUCUCCACAGAAACCGUGUGCAACAAAAGCCUGCUCACACGUGAUCGGUCAAUACUCCUCGGACUACAAACGGAAACCAGAACGGCUCCGAUACCGAUAUCUUGUUUUGUUGCCUUCCGAUUCUGCACUCGUAUACAGAUGUCUGUUUAAAUAGAGAUCAGUUUGGGGCAAUGACUGCAAAAACAUUGCAGCUGCGUUGCAAGGUGAGGGGAAAAAGAAAACGCGCUGGGAUCAAAUAUGCACGUUAUAUGCUACAUACUCUGAUUUUCUGUGCACGUUCAGCUGCUCAAUUGCAUUUCGAAUGUUUUGACAGAGUAUCUGUCCUCAGUGUGGCUUGUGGGGGUUGGAGUGCUUCGACAGCUGCGGAUAAUUGUAGCUAUUCCAGCAUAACUGCUAUUAUGAUUAGUAGCUAUUAUCUCUCUGGCUCAUUUCAGCUCUGGGUGUUUGGAAGAUGUUAAGUUUAUGAUUGAAUUAAACAUGCGUGCAUCUAUAAAAGCUCUCUUUGUGCCAUUUAAAACACAAUUCUGGCCGCCGCGCUAAAUGGGUGGAGACUGGGACGCAGCACCAAGGCACAGCAUCUGGUGAAAUAUGCUCUGCCAUACUGGAAAAUGUAGAUGAAUUAUGCAGCUGUCUCCAAUACAUAAUUCAGUAGCCGAGUCUGCUUUUUUUUUUUUUUUUUUUUUAACAGUGAAACUUUGGCCUUGGGCCAGGGCAGCUUGGAAAAAACACAAAACACAAAGUUAUUACUUUGCAUAUUAAGAUUUAUGAAGCGUGGAUUAGGGACAUUGUCUGAGAACGACGUGCGCGAUGGAUUUAAAUGUCUGCAUUUCCCGUGUUCUGCUUCCUGGAACAGGUGAUUGUAAUCUGCCCGUUGUGAAACGUGCGUCUGCUUUAAUAGACUUCUAAUGACACAGGUAUUUGUGUGAGAGAGAUAGUAAAAGGGCUUUUAAGCUUCUAAUGGACGGAAGGGUGGUUAAUUAAUGCCUAGGAUUGUUUUUAAGAAAGAGGACACCAACCAAAUGGGUAGCUGGGAGUGUUUUGCUCGCAGGGCGUGAGAUCAGAGAGUUUGUUGAGGCCGGAUCAGACUUACCUGUUAUCAGACCUAUCGUACCUGUCCGGCUACAGCCUUCCCCGCCUCAUGUGAAAUGGACCUGGCCGUGCUCUGCCGGGGCUUUACUGCUGACUCAUCCGCGGUGCAUCAAUAAUGAGUUAAGCAGGUGACUACGCCUCUAAUCCAUCAGAGACGAGUAACCGAGGCAUUGAUCUUAUUAGAAAUGAAUCGGCGCAGAAGUGGGCUGCUGAGAAAGCCGUUAUUGAUCUGCUCGGAAAGAUGGAGUCUGGAGGGGUUAAAAUGUGGAGGUAAAGGGGGGGGGUGAGGGGUACAGUAGACAGACAGAGAAUGGAAAACAUGACAUGACAAGUAUACAGUGUGCAGCGCCCUUCAGUACUCUGCACCUCGUGUCAUCCUGAAUCAUUUCCUUACAGUCUCUCGCUAUCUUGAUUGACCCCAGUGACAUUUGCAGUGGAGUUCUGUGAUUGUGAGUUAUGGCUCUGUUAGGUCCAGAGGUAAUGGCCUCAUCAGAGAUAUGUGAUAUAUGAGAGAUGAGGGAUAGGCUGCUGAUUAUCAUUUUGCUUGGACAGACUUUGACCUUUGCUCUCGGCCUUGUUCAGACACUUUGUGGUUUGGUACGGCACGAUACUGAGAUUGGAGAUUUUAACAGGGAUUACGCUCUUAAAGCAGGUCUCAAGCAGGUUUCUUUUGCAAUGGCAGAAUGCCAACUACAAUAAAAAACUGAAAGUGUACCUCUAAUAAAUGCAAAAAACAAGGAAACGUUUAAAUAGCUAAAGUUGCACUCAAACAGUGUGUGAUUAUAGCCGUUUCCUGGAAACACAAACAAGUUAAUGUGUCUUUUAAUGGAAAAGUGGAAGUCUGAUGUGUCAGCAGUGAUAAUAGUGCAUCCUGGCUGGCUUUCGUCUGGGUCGUUUUAUAAUUCCUCGCCUUCUUUAAAACAAAAGCUUGAGUGGAACAUAAUGAUAUUUUGGUUAUCGAUGAGCAGGGAGACUGACCCGUCUGCUGUAGGAUUGUGGUGCUGCAGAAAUAAGAGUUUCAGGACGGUGGAAAUUCAAUCUGCUAAACCCUGCCAGUGUUUAUUCGUUUCUAAUUUAUUUAUGCAAUUAGACCAUUGUUGUUUUAACUUACAGCCUCAGUCACAGACAAACACACGCAAUGCACAGAUCCCAAGAAAUGAACCGAACCAUCCCAAAAGGGAAUUACAAUAAACCCAAAAUACAGCUCAUCAUAUUAACAAUUGAGCACUACAGGCACACUUAAAAUAGUAUUAUCGGAAUACUGAGAGGAUUUUGUGAAUCACUUACCUGGCUUUACAGAUAAAUGCACUCCAGAUAACAUUCUAUAUUUCAUUACUGGAGAUGAAACAUAAACUAUCUGCCUCUAUGCAAACUACUGAGAAGGAUAUGAGGAGCAGAAACCUGUGGUGGGUGAACACUGGUGUUGCACAGGCAUCGCAGUGAAGUGAUCUCCUGAUGGAUGGUUCCUGCUUCAGGGAUGUCAUCUGACCCCUCUGUCUGACCACCAGACCGCGAGGCGAUAUCGGGCUUCUGGCCCUUUAAAAGCGGAGCGGCCGGCUUUGCACCUCCGCAGCGCCGAAGGAGCUCCAUAUGGCUUCUCCCUUGUCUGUGGUGAGCCGCUCAGCAUCAAAUUAAAAAGGGAGGAGAUCGCUCGAAUCGCGCCCGGUACGGACUUUUCCGAGGCGGCAGGAAGGCCAGGUGACACGGUUGCCGAGCUUGGCGGGCCAGUAUCUUUCACCGGGUCCGGGAGCUUCUUCCUCAGCGAGGCCGACCAAGGAGAGAGGAGGCACGAGCUUGCCGCUGCGUCUGUCCUCGCCCAGGACCUGCUUGCUCGUCCGGCGGUUACCGCAAGGCAGAUGAUGAGAUGUCCGGGACCACUUCCCAGGCGGAUCCCGUAGACGCCACCGCGCGGACGGUGCUGCUCAACCGGCCACAGAUCACCAAGUUCUGCGACAACCACGUCAGUACGACCAAGUAUGGGAUUCUCACCUUCCUACCCCGGUUCUUGUACGAGCAGAUCAGGCGGGCCGCCAACGCCUUCUUCCUGUUCAUCGCACUCAUGCAGCAAAUCCCUGAUGUAUCACCGACCGGUCGCUACACCACUCUGGUCCCACUCAUCUUCAUCCUCACGGUGGCCGGUAUCAAAGAGAUCAUAGAGGACUAUAAAAGACACAAAGCAGACAACACCGUAAACAACAAGAAGACAACAGUGCUGCGGAGCGGAGCCUGGCAGACGAUCAUAUGGAAACAGGUGGCAGUAGGCGACAUAGUGAAGGUGACCAAUGGCCAGCACCUUCCAGCUGACAUGGUUAUUGUGUCCUCCAGCGAGCCGCAGGCCAUGUGUUACACUGAGACCUCCAACCUGGAUGGAGAAACCAACCUGAAGAUCAGACAGGGUCUCACGCUCACAGCUGCUUUUCAGACUCUGGAGGAUUUGAUUGCGCUGUCUGGUCGUUUGGAGUGUGAAGAACCCAACAGACACCUGUAUGACUUCACUGGCACUCUGCGGCUGGAGAACCAGAAUCCAGCUCCUCUGGGUCCAGACCAGGUGUUGCUGCGCGGCGCCCAGCUCAGAAACACGCAGUGGGUUGUGGGAAUUGUUGUCUACACUGGCCAUGACUCCAAACUGAUGCAGAACUCCACCAAGGCACCGCUGAAGCGCUCUAAUGUGGAGCGGGUGACCAACAUGCAGAUCCUGGUCUUGUUUGGCAUCCUGCUGGUCAUGGCCCUGAUCAGCUCUGUGGGCGCCGCCAUUUGGAACGACAAACACACUGAAGAUUCCUGCUGGUACCUGUCCAGGGCUGGUGACAUCUCCACUAACUUUGCGUAUAACCUGCUGACGUUCAUCAUCCUGUACAACAACCUGAUCCCCAUCAGCCUGCUGGUCACUCUGGAGGUGGUCAAGUUCACACAGGCCCUCUUCAUCAACUGGGACAUGGAGAUGUACUACGCAGAGACAGACACGCCGGCCAUGGCUCGAACGUCCAAUCUUAAUGAGGAGCUGGGUCAGGUGAAGUAUCUCUUUUCAGACAAGACCGGAACCCUAACCUGUAACAUCAUGACCUUCAAGAAGUGUACUAUUGCGGGAAUUACAUAUGGCCACUUCCCUGAUCUCGAGUGUGAUCGUUCAAUGGAUGACUUCAGCAAUCUGCCGUCCAGCAGCAACAACUCUACAGAGUUUGACGACCCAACUCUCGUCCAAAACAUCGAGACCCAUCCUACGUCACCUCAGAUCUGUGAGUUCCUGACAAUGAUGGCCGUGUGCCACACGGUGGUCCCAGAGCGAGAGGACAACCAGAUCAUAUACCAGGCCUCUUCUCCAGAUGAGGGCGCGCUGGUCAAAGGGGCCAAAGGGCUCGGUUUUGUCUUCACUGCAAGAACCCCGCAUUCAGUCAUACUUGAAGCUAGAGGAAAAGAGAUGAGCUAUGAGAUACUAAAUGUGCUGGAGUUUUCCAGUAACCGCAAACGCAUGUCUGUGGUGGUCAGAACCCCCAACGGGAAGCUACGGCUGUACUGCAAAGGAGCUGAUAAUGUAAUCUUUGAGCGUCUGACUGAGGCGUCCCAGUACAAAGAAUUAACUAUUGCUCAUCUGGAACAGUUUGCUACUGAAGGACUGAGGACUCUGUGUUUUGCCUAUGUGGACCUGGAGGAGGACGCCUACCAGGAGUGGCUAAAGGAAUACAAUCGCAUCAGCACUGUGCUCAAAGACCGCGCUCAGAAACUAGAGGAGUGUUAUGAACUACUGGAAAAGAACUUACUUCUGUUGGGCGCCACGGCCAUAGAGGACCGCCUGCAGGCCGGCGUGCCAGAGACCAUCGCCACUCUGAUGAAGGCCGACAUCAAGAUCUGGGUCCUGACCGGAGACAAGCAGGAGACUGCCAUCAACAUAGGUUACUCCUGUCGUCUGGUGACACACGGCAUGUCCCUCGUCAUUGUCAACGAGGACUCUCUGGAUGUGAGUAGACCCUCCUCUUCCUCCUGCCGACCUCGUUGAUUCACGUCUGUGUACACUAUGUACGGUGUGUGUGUGUGUGUGUGUGUGUAAAGGAGGGAGGGGGUGAAGUGGUGGGGUCUUAAGCAGGUUACUGUGGGAACUAGGGUGUGGUCCACAGCCAGAUUGGUGGGUGGGGCUCUUUGUGUGUACUCACAGGUGCAGGUAAUUAAAGUCUCUGGUGUCCCUUUGGCGAAAGGGAUGAAAAGAGACGCGUCGUGAACUAUCACUUCUUUCCCUCUCUCUCUGUAUGCCCCUCUCCUUCUGUCUCUUGCACAUCAUUCACAUACAGAACCUGGCUUUUUUUAACGAUCACGCGGUAUUCUCACACUAUUUGUGUCUCUUUAUCUGACCUAUUUCUAGCUAAAAGCCAGACUGUACGUGUGUUAUGUUCCUGUGGCUAAUUAGAGUGAGCUCUGAGAUCUCUAAAUUCGAUUUCUACCCUCGUUAUGUGUUCUUUGCAUUCGGGUUUCAUGUGUGUCUGCUUAACGUAAGUGGCUUGAUUACUGUCAUGUGUCUUUGUGUCUGUCUCUCUUUCACACACUUUCGGACUCCAUGUGUGCUUACACACACACACACACACACUCCCCGUGUGUUCACUUUUAUAGAGUUUGUUUAUAUGUGAGACGGGGGGAGAUUAUGCCUCCAUAAAGUUAAGCGCCGGAACUGUGUGUGUGUGCGCCUUUGUGUGUGAGGGCUUGUUGGCCCAAAGAGGGAUUUUAUUGGUCUAUAGCAUGAUCAACACAGCAUUAGAGACCUCUAUGGGGUUAACAUUGCAUCCAAUAGGAAUCCUGUGUGGAAGAUUUUAAUGUUGGUCAUCAUUUAAAAUGUAAUUGCACAACUUCACACCUAUAAUACUUUUCCUUCCUGUAUUAUGCCAACUUCUAGUGAAGGAAAUAGUUGUGAUGUUACAUAAACAUGCAUCAAAGUGGCGUCCGGCUGGUCAGAAGCCAGACGGCGUGCACGGCUGCGUAAGACGCUGAGUAAGCUGAGCUGGACGGGGUGAACAUUUCAUGUCAGGUUAAUUCAGGUACUUCACCCUGAGAAUUAUAUGUGAUUAGCACAAGAGGGAGAAAGCUAAUAGAGUAUAAGUGGAUCAUUCUUAACACGGUUUGGAAGGUUUUGUUGCUGCUCUGUCCUCCGUGUUUUAUCACCGGGGUUCCCAAGGUCAUACAAUUCCUGGAAAGGUUAUGACAUUAUAAAAAUGAUCGGAAUACACAUUGUUUUGGCUAAAACCCUGUAUCGCAUACUGUACUGUUCCAGUAAACAGUUCCACGUCUGAUUGCUGUCGGGUCAACAUAGUCUGGGUUGGAGGAUGAAACAUUUGGUUCUAACAGGUGAUCACAUUAAACAAGUUGUUUCUUUCAUUUUCUUGCCCUGCCGUUAUUGCUUAUACAUAUUUGAAAUUCUUGUGUAUAAGCUUUAAUUGCCGAUCUUCUUUGGGGAAUUCUUCUCCAGAGAUUGCACAUAGACUUAGUUAGAUCCAAUGGCACAUAAGACAAGAGGUUUUUGUUUCAUGACAUAAAGUCUGAGCACCAAGACGUUAGAAAAGAGAACUUUCUAAACCCUUUCAUUAGAAAUAUUUUCAAGAAAUAUUUUCAAGCCCCCAAAAAUAAAUUCUUCUACAGCUUGUAAUGAGGCAGGAUGUCCUGUAGCAAAGAAGGAUUUAGGCUUUCACUGAGAGAAGUGCUGCUGCCUAAAGAUUAGACUUCCAGUAUAAACAAAAAACACCGGUGGGAAUGAUGAGUGAAGUGGCUGACCUGAUCAAGUUAAAAUUUCUAGAAAUUACUCAGGAAAAAGUCCCAUAAAAGCUGUUUCUCUGAUAAUGAAGUGACUGACUUGACUUAACGCUUACUAUGACGAGAACUAUUCCUAACCCGAACCUCAGGCUUUUCACUCCGAGGGGUUCUUUUGUAAAAUAGUCGUACAGACACAUUUCUAUACGGCACAGAGAGACAGCUGGUCGACAUGAAACAUAAACCAUGGGUCAUGAGUGGAAUUCUUCAUGUGACGAGUUCAUGAUCCACACAGUAUGCGUCACAGCCUGCUGCAUUUUGUAGCACACUUUCAAGUGGCUGCAACACAUCAAGCAUGAGACGGAAUAAACCACAUGACGAACUGCUGGAACAAAAUUCAAUUACAUUCACAUCCCCCUUAGACACAAAAUGCUCUAAUGGCGUCACAGGAGAUAAGGAUGUAAGAGAAGGGACAUUCUCUCACGUAUGGAUGUGGCAUACUUGUGUCACAGUCAUGCCCGUCAAUCAGGACAAACUUCAGAGCGCUCUGGCUGUGACCGGUGAAAAGCACCGCUGUCUUCAGUGCAUCACUUAUCUCACACUUAAAAUAGCUCGCGUCGGCUCAAGCUUCUUUGUGCUUGUCGGCCUCUUUUUGUAAUUGUGACAUUCCGCACGUGAGCGAAAACAGAAGCCGCUUAUCAAAUUCUCACCCCCGAGGUUGACCUCCUCGCCCCGUUUAAAAGAAUCUGUCCCAAAUCUCUUCACUCUCUAUCGCACCCUUUUAUCAGCGUGAAGGCUGAUCUGUGUGGUGGAUCUUGCGUUUGCCAGUCUGAACAGCAGAUGCCCCCCCCCCUACCCACGCUCCAUGUUUCCUUCACACUACUACCUCCACAUCUGUCAGCACCCUCUCUACGCAUCGGAAGCGACAACAUAGGAAAAAUGAGUGUGUGUGUUUAGAGGGAGAGUCGGAGGAAGAGCAUGAACAAGCAGCAAAAUAUGCGUGUUUGUCUUCGUGGAAGCGCAGGAGUGUGUUUGUGCAAUAAAGCAGGGGAGUGUAUAUUGUACUUCAUGUAUGAGAUGGACAAUCUGGAUAGAGAAAGGAGCGUGGGGGGAGACGAAUGGUACCGAGUGAGCUGUAAUGCGAUCUCCUUUUGGUGCUCCUCCCCGUCAAAACAAACCCUGUGAGCGAUGCCUCCUGGGUAAACGGUUUGCGACCACUGAAGCUGUGACGAGCGCCAUCUGUCACCUUCAGAUCACAUGCCACACACGCAGACUGACACAAAUCUUUGCCUUGUCUCGUUCUGUUGAGUCAAUACUGAUGGACACACAUGAGAAUGUGAAGUCUUCUUUAUUCCCUCUCGUAUCGGUCUUUAAAUCUGUCGCGUUCCCUCUCAGUUUAGUUGAGAUGUAGUGGCACAAAAUCCCCCUGAUCAGCUUGAUAGUUCUGAAUAUACAUCAGGUCUAACUUUCCCACAAUCCCCCGUCACGCUGCCCGCAGUACAAGUCCAAAACAUACAACAUCUCUCUUCUGCUCAUUAAUCAUCUUCAUGCACAGACACACACUCACAUUUUGUGUCUCAACUUACAUGCUCUAUUGUUCAUUUUUCAAUUUGUAAUAGCUUUUUCUUACAUCUGGCCUCCCACUGUUACUGUGUGUGUGUGUGUGUGUGUGUGUGUGUGUGUGUGUGUGUGU